GGACAGAAAUCGUGAAGCCAGGGACUAAUGCAUCCAGUUCAACUUGAAUAUACGAUAAGGAGACGUGUGAAAGUCAGUAUUAAAACAUGUUAAAGUGAUACACGGUAUAUUGUUUAGAUUAACUGCCUAGACAGGUCAUUUAUACUAGAAGGAAUCAUGAUGUAUUCUUUCUUUAGAAUCGGAAAGACGACAAACUGUGUGCAGCACAUAUUAAAAUCUCUGCAUGUCAGACUACCACAACAGAUAUCAGCUUUACAGUCACAAACGAAUCUAUGUUCUGGGUCAAACUGGACAUUUUAUCACACUCGCUCGUUUUAUACAGGAGUUCGUUUCUGUAGUAAGAACGAUGGACAGAAGGACACCGACCAGGUGUCAGUUUCCAGAAGUUCAUACACACCUCCAAGCCCGUCUGCAGCACAGAAAGUCAAACAAGCCGGCAAAGAUUUCACUUAUUUGAUUGUGGUGCUCAUUGGACUCGGUGUAACAGGUGGACUGCUGUAUGUGGUCUUUCAAGAGCUGUUUUCCUCUUCAAGUCCAAGCAAAAUUUAUGGAAAAGCUUUUGAGAAGUGCAGAUCUCACCCUGAGGUAAUCGGAGCUUUCGGAGAGCCCAUCAAAGGCUUUGGGGAGACCAGUCGGCGUGGCAGAAGGCAACAAGUCAGUCAUGUACAGUACAUGAAGGAUGGAAUCAAGUACAUGCGGCUGAAAUUUUACAUUGAGGGAUCUGAACCAGGAUUACGGGGAACUGUUCAUUCAGAAUCGAAGGAGAAUCCUGAGACCGGAAAGUAUGAAUUCCGGUAUAUUUUUGUAGAGAUUGACGCAUAUCCCAGGAGGACAGUCGUCAUUGAAGACAACAGAUAAAAAAAGUACAUAUUUGGAAUUUCAAUCUUUCAAUUGGAAAGAUUCAUUAAAAAGCUCUGAAUUGAAACCGAAGAACCUGAAUUUAUGUCGCUACUAGGAUUAAUCGAGCUUGGAUUUGUCAUGCUUGAAUUUUGUUGUGUUAUGUAGACUAAUGGAAAUGGAAGAUCUAGAUAUUUGGACAUGAGAGUGUUUGUACUGAAACAUCUUGUAUUUUGUACAAGGAUUUUCAUGAUUGUUUUAUACAAUAUGUGGUUUAAAAUAAAGAUCAACUAUAAAAUUCACAUAGAAAAGCAGUUUUUAAUUAAUGUAACUUGAAUACAUGUUAAUAAAGCAAUUUGAUGCCGUUAUUGCAAAUGGUCCGUUAUUAUUUCUUUGCCUGAAUUGCCUGAAGCGUUUAAAAUAUAAAUUGAUCUAUCUUGUUUCUCUAUUCAGAUUUUUUUAUUUAUUUUUUUAUUUAUUUUAUGAAAUGUUUUACAGUUCUUUAUUGUCAUUGUUUUAUAGAACAUAUGAAUAAAUAGCAACAAAAAUAUGUAACUGACAAAUAUAUAACUAAAUUAACCCUUCAUUUUGCAUAUGCAGGCAGUAUGUUAGUUCAAAUGUUUUUUUUAGACAUGCAGUAUAUAUGCCCAGUUUUUAUAGCGCAGUAGAUCUCUGAUGGACCAAUGAGAACAUAGCUUAUUGACCUCCUGAGACUGUUAAGUCUUAUCAGUUUAACCUUGCAUUUCUGAAAGCCAUUCAGUAACUUCUUGUGCUCGAUAGAUGGCGCUUUAUUACUAAGAAAAAUGUUUAAUGUUAUAUAUAAACAUAAUAUAGGCCUAUAAAAUAUAUACUACUUUGAGGCUGCAAGGUCCUUCGUAACAUAUUUACAAUUUUAAAUUACAUAUAAACAUUAUUAUUAUUAUUAUUAUUAUUAUUAUAAAAGCGUAAACAUAAAAUAAUCUAUAACGGACUUUUAAUUUGACGUUCUUCUCCCAUUAAUCCACGGAAGUAAGGACGCCUUGCGAGACAACAGAAGAACUACAACAAAACCCCCUUCGUUUGCUCAUGGAAAAAAAAACACGGUACUCAUUUCUCGGAAGUCCUUUGAGUCUCUCAAGUAUCAGCAUUUACUAACAGAGAGAGGAGCCACACUCGGCCUACAUGCAGUUAGUGAACUCGAGCUGUUUGAAAAAAUUACCUAGGUGUCCGUGUUUCUACUUUGUAAAGGUACAUUAUUUUUUUUAGCCCGUUAGCAAAGCGACUUCCUCUUGUGUCUAUGAGGAGCAGAUGCUUCGCUAGCUGUCUAAAGCUGGAUUAUAACGCUACUUAUAAGGCGUUUACAAGUUUGACAGCUUGGAAGCUGAUUAUGGUAAUUGAUACCAACUGGUGAGAAGCAUGGAGCUGUACUGGUACAUAGUCGUCAUAAUAUUUAUAAUGAUUAAGAUCUUCUUCUACAUCUGCUGGUAUCGCUCAAGGCAAAGACAGCUUGCUGCGUACCUCAGUAAUCCCCGAAAUGCUCAGAUCGUCAUUGUGGGAGGACGUGCUUACCUACACCAGAUCUGUGAGAGACAAAAUACAUCAAUCUGGCCCAGUUGGUACGGAGUUCAGGAUGACGGCUCGGUGGGUGAACCCUCCGCCUCUCUUCCACCAUCAUCCUCGCUGUCUCAACUGGACAUGCCUCCUCCAUAUGAGGCAGUGUCUGGAGCAAAUGACCUGAAGCCUCCACCGUACAGCGAGUACGCUCAAAACGACGAUACCGAUGCAUCCCUGAGCAUCACCAUCCCGGACGGCAACGAUUCCAGUGCAAUUAGCGAUGCCCCACCCCCUUACACGCCCAGCAUCACCUCUCCAGCCAAUCAGCAAGUAGACAGCCACAUCCAAUCACAACCGGAGGGAAGGUCAAGUUAAACUUCUCUCAAUAUAGAAACACAACAAGGGCUAAGCGACUGCUUUAGCCCCUCUAGGUCUUGUUUUUCCAUCUGGACUUAUUUUCUUCUCAAGCAAAUUAUACAAAGAAAAAAGAUUUCACAUUGGCGGUGGAUCUGACUUGUUCUCUUAUGAGAGAAUUUGAAUAGUGCACAAUAUGCAGUAUAAAGAAUGAGACUGGCCUGAUGCCAUGUUCUGGCAGAGUCGAGCACUGCUCUGCCCACGCUGGUGUACCGGUGCUUUCAGUUCACCCAUGCCUUAUGCUCAUUUCCUCCAGCAAAACCACCGCGCAGAGCCAUACGGCAAACACCGCCAUUUCGAUAUUUUAAACAAUUACUUUCACUGUCAUUUAUUUGGAGCAGUGUGGAAGGCUAAUGCCGUGAUCACGUGUGGCUGCUUGAGGAACUGUAAAUAGGCUAGUGGGUUGAUUGGUGCCAAGCACGUUCUGCUUAGACAAUGUCGUUGACACAUUUCUUUAUAAUUAUUAUUUUUUUAAAUCCCAAAGGGAGAGGUUAAAGGUGUAGUUCACGCAAAAAUGAAUAUUCUGUCAUUCGCUCACCCUCAUGCUCACCUGUAUGACUAUAUGUCAAUGGUAACCAAAUCUGUUAACAUUCUUCAGAAUAUCUUUUUGUGUUCCACAGGAGAAAUUAAGUCAUACUGCGUGUUAUGACAUGAGGUGAAAUGAUAGAAUUUUAAUUUUUGCCUUAACUAUCUCUUUAAAGUAUAGAGGUCUAGCCUCAGGUUUAUUUAUAACCUCAGUUUAUAUGUGAUGACAAUUAAAAAAAAAAAAAAAAAAAAAGCCCUCUGAAGCACUUUUAAUGUGUUGUAAUUGCCUUAAUUCCAUCUGUUGGUAAGUGUCCAAUAUUCCUGAAUCAACCAGAGCCAGUGUGGAUAAUGUGGCUUAUGGUCAUGACUCGUGUAAAUGUGCGCAGUACUCUGUGUUGUAUCGCUUAUCAGGUUAAAUGUAACACACUGAUGCAUUUGAGAUCACGGUGCCCUUAUUAACAAUUUCUGCUAACCGAAAUAGACCUUCCACGUGUGUGUGUGUGUGUGUGUGUGUGUGUGUGUGUGUGUGUGUGUGUGUGUGUGUGUGUUAAGGCAUAUGUUAAGUGUGUGAUGAAUUCAAACAGAACUUCCUUGUGAAAAUGUUUGUGCUUUAGUGAGCACAUGAAGUCAUCUCUGUGCAAUUGUCAGUAUAUCAGGUUCACAUAAUGGGAUCAAUAUUUUUUUGUAUUUAAAAAAAAAAAAAAAAAAAGUCCACAUGAAAGGAUGUGAUCUAUGUGUGCUUUUAGAAUAUGUGUGUGUAGUUCCGUCCCCCUUCUCCCCUGAACGCCCGGUCCUUCACUAUGUAAUUUCAUUUAAUCAUAAUUUGAUUUAAAAUGCUAAUCCUGCAACAUGUAUUAUCUCAUUUAAACUGAAGUACUGUAUAUGCUAUUUUUGUAUUUAUGGAAAAACCCUUUGAAUCUCUUUCAAAAAAUAAAGAUUGGUGAAAUGUCAUGUUUGAAAACAGCUCAUUUCUCCAACAAACUCAA